UUCACCAAUAUUGUAAUAAAAGAUUUGAAUACCGACUUACUCUGAAGCGCACGUGCGAUGCACUCUCCCGCCCUUCCUCAGCUUUCCCGCUAUUUUCCCAGCAGCUCAGCUCUUUAACCCGAAGAAAGUAGUAACAUUUUCUAGCGGAAGUAAAAAAAUCCCAGUAGAUUUUCUGGCAUUUUCCUCCAAGGAACAACCCCUUUGUCCCCUUUCCUCAUGAACUGCCGCGAUGUUGCUCUGGUCUCAACGGCCACUAUCUUUGGGGCUUUAGCCUCUGCUUUUGCUUACUAUACAUUCUUCUCCAACCCUAGUAAACCGUCUUCUCGAAUCAAUUCGUCUGCAAACGGCGACGUUUCAAAGCAACGCUCUUCUCAGGAUCCUUUCGAUCCUUCAAAACGCAAAGGAUAUUUGUCGUGGGAUGAUUAUUUCAUGGCAAUUGCUUUUUUAUCCGCUAAGAGAUCCAAAGACCCAAACAGGCAGGUUGGUGCAUGCUUGGUGAGUCAAAAUGGUAUAAUACUUGGCAUUGGCUAUAAUGGGUUUCCAAGAGGUUGUUCUGAUGACCAGCUUCCUUGGGCAAAGAUGUCCAAAUCUGGGGAUCCAUUGGAGACAAAGUAUCCGUAUGUGUGUCAUGCUGAAGUCAAUGCUAUCUUGAAUACAAAUCAUGCAUCCGCAGCUGGCCAGAGGCUUUAUGUGACCAUGUUUCCUUGCAAUGAAUGUGCAAAGAUAAUCAUUCAGUCAGGUGUCUCAGAAGUCAUAUAUUUUAUAGAAAAAAGACUGAAUACAGACACAGCAUAUGUUGCUUCGCACAAGCUGCUAUCAAUGGCUGGUGUUGAGGUCAGAAAACAUCAGCCACAGAUGGACCAAAUUUUACUCAAGUUCAUGGAGCUGUAGUUUUAGAUUCGUGUCUCAGUUUUCAUCUUGACAAACAAGAUUGUCGCUUCUUUUUAUAUCUUGCCUCAGACGUUCGCUGUUGUAACUGUAACACACCGUAACAGUCACUAUUUAUGUCUUUCAGAUUCGAGAUGAUAAUUUAAUACAUAUGUAUCUCCAACAAGAA